CUUGGCCAGCCCUCCAUAGAUUCAUCAAAAUUGUUGUGCUUUUGUCUUCCUUUGAAUAUUCUCCAAUAUGGCAUUAACAAGGAACAGGCCCUUUGUUGUAGUGCUGCUUCUUGGGUUUGUCAUCAUGUCCACCAUCACAAUAGGAGCACAAUCCAUAGGAGUUUGUUAUGGAACGAAUGGCAACAACUUGCCUAGCGCAUCACAAGUUAUAAAUCUCUACAAAAGCAAUGGCAUUGGAAGCAUGCGAAUCUAUGAUCCAAAUUCAGAUACUCUCCAAGCGCUUAAAGGAUCGGACAUAGAACUUAUCCUCGACGUCCCCAACACCGACCUUCAAUCCCUUGCCUCCGAUGCUUCAGCUGCAGCUACCUGGGUGCAAAACAACGUAGUAAACUACGCAUCAGAAGUGAAGUUCCGCUACAUCGCUGUUGGGAAUGAAGUUUUACCCACCGGCUCAAAUGCUCAGUACGCCCAGUACGUCCUUCCUGCCAUGAAAAACGUUCAGAGUGCAAUAACCUCCUCAGGCCUGCAAGGCCAAAUCAAGGUCUCUACCGCAACAUAUUCAGCCGUCCUCGGCAAAUCAUACCCUCCAUCUGAAGGAUCCUUCAGUGAUGAUGUCUCUUCAUUCAUAAACCCAAUCAUAAGCUUCCUUGCUGAGAAUGGCUCCCCACUCCUGGCCAAUAUAUAUCCCUACUUCAGUUACACUGGCGACACACAAAACAUUCGGCUUGAUUACGCCUUAUUCACUGCCUCAGGGGUUGUGGUACCAGACGGGAGCUACCAGUAUCAGAACCUUUUCGAUGCCCUGUUGGAUGCCCUCUAUGCUGCUCUUGAAAAGGCCGGUGGGUCUAACUUGCAGAUCGUUGUAUCCGAGAGUGGCUGGCCAUCCGAGGGAGGUACUGCAGCGACAGUGGACAAUGCCAGAACUUACUACAGCAAUUUGAUUAAUCAUGUGAAGGGAGCUGGGACUCCAAGGAAGCCUGGACAGGCCAUAGAGACCUACUUGUUUGCUAUGUUUGAUGAAAACCAGAAGACUGGACUUGAGACUGAGAAACAUUUCGGCCUCUUCACCCCUAGGCAAGAGUCCAAAUACCAAAUCAGUUUCAGUUGAAGUGAUGCAGGGAUUGGAACAUUAUCUAAUAUCCAUACUUAAUUUUGAGUAAUUGUUUUCGAAAUAAGAGUGCAGACUUUCUGCAUAUAUGGCCAUGCUCGUAUGCUUCUUUUUCUUUACUGUGAUAUUGUAAGCUUAUUGAUCUUCUAAUAAAUAAAGCAAAUUUUCUUCUAUG